AUGAACAAUGUGACAGAAUUCAUCCUGCUGGGCCUGACUCACGAUCCAGAAUGGCAGAGAUUCUUGUUUGUUGUGUUUUUAAUGACCUACUUGAUCACAUUGUUAGGUAACCUGCUCAUCUCGGUCACCAUCUUCAUCAGCCCAGCCCUGGGUUCUCCCAUGUACUUUUUUCUGUCCUGUUUGUCCAUCAUAGAUGGCUUCUACUCUUCUUCCAUAGCACCCAAAAUGAUCUUCGACUUGGUCUCUGAAAAGAACACCAUAUCCUUCAAUGGCUGCAUGACUCAGCUCUUUGCUGAACAUUUCUUCGCUGGAGCUGAGAUCAUCUUGUUAAUUGUCAUGGCCUAUGACCGCUACGUAGCCAUCUGUAAGCCCCUGUACUACGCGACCAUCAUGAGCCGACCUAUGUGUGGAUUCUUGGUUGGGAUGGCUGGGAUUCUGGGGUCUGUUCAUGCAGGGAUCCAGACUUUGUUCAUGGCUCAGUUACCAUUCUGUGGCCCCAAUGUCAUCGACCACUUUAUGUGUGAUUUAAUACCUCUUCUGGAGCUGGCCUGCACAGACACUCACACUUUGGGGCCUCUGAUUGCUGCCAACAGUGGGUCACUGUGUUUCCUCAUUUUUUUCAUGCUGGUUGCUUCCUAUGUCAUCAUCCUGCGCUCCCUGAGGACUCACAGCUCUAAAGGACGUCACAAAGCCCUGUCUACUUGUGCCUCUCAUGUCACUGUUGUUAUCCUAUUCUUCAUACCUUGUUCAUACCUUUACCUAAGACCCAUGACCUCCUUCCCCACUGACAAAGCAGUGACUGUGUUUUGCACCCUAGUGACGCCUAUGUUGAACCCUUUAAUCUAUACCCUCAGAAACGAAGAAGUGAAAAAUGUCAUGAAGAAGCUCUGGGGACAAAUAAUGAAAACUGAUGAUAAAUAA